CGCCGGCAACCCUGACCCGGGCUGCCGCGGCGCGGGCGAGGCGGCAGCCCCGGCAUGGUGGACUGAGCCCCCGGCGGCGGAGGAGUGCUUCCCCUGAGCGGCCCGCUGCCUGCCUUCCCCCCCACCCUGCCGCCGGCCCCUUUCCCCGUCCCGGGUGAGGGCUUUUCCCGCUUCCCGGCUUUCUUUCUGUCCCUAUGGAGCAGCUACCCGCCUCGCCCGACCAUGCCUAGGAAAGCGGGGAAUGGGCAGCUCCCUUUACCCGACGGCUGGGAGGAGGCGAGGGAUUACGACGGGAAAAUCUUCUACAUCGACCACAACACGAAACAGACCAGCUGGAUCGACCCCCGGGACAGGUUAACAAAGCCCUUGUCAUUUGCGGAUUGUGUUGGGGAUGAACUGCCGUGGGGAUGGGAAGCUGCAUAUGAUCCUCAGAUUGGUGUAUACUAUAUUGAUCAUGUCAACCAAACAACACAAAUAGAAGAUCCCAGGAAACAAUGGAGGCAAGAACAAGAGAGAAUGUUAAAAGAUUAUCUUACGAUAGCCCAGGAUGCUCUCAGUACCCAGAAAGAACUGUACCAGGUGAAAGAACAGAGGCUGGCACUUGCGCUGGACGAGUACGUGCGGUUGAAUGAUGCCUACAAAGAAAAAUCAAGCUCUCGUACAAGCCUGUUCUCAGGCUCCUCAUCGAGCACAAAGUAUGACCCUGACAUUCUGAAGGCUGAAAUCUCCACUACAAGAUUAAGGGUUAAGAAGCUGAAGAGGGAACUCUCUCAGAUGAAGCAAGAGCUGCUGUACAAGGAGCAGGGCUUUGAAACGCUGCAACAAAUUGACCAAAAAAUGUCUGGAGGCCACAGCGGGUAUGAACUAUGUGAGGCCAAAGCCAUCCUGAGUGAACUGAAGUCCAUCAGAAAGGCCAUCAGUUCAGGGGAGAGGGAAAAACAAGAUUUAAUGAAGAGUCUUGCAAAGCUGAGAGAGAAAUUCAAUCUUGAGCAGACCAUCGAGACGUCUGAACCAGACCUGAGUUCCAGCUCCGUAAACUCCCAGCUGUGUUUUUCCAGACAAACUCUGGAUGCAGGGUCUCAGACUGACAUUUCUGGGGAGGUUGGAGUAAGAAGUAGAUCAAAUUUAGCCGAGAAGGUCAGACUAAGUCUUCAAUAUGAAGAGGCAAAAAGAAGCAUGGCUAACUUGAAGAUUGAACUCUCUAAGCUUGAUAGUGAAGCCUGGCCUGGGGCACUGGAUGUGGAAAAGGAAAAACUCAUGUUAAUCAAUGAAAAAGAGGAGCUUUUAAAGGAACUCCAGUUUAUUACACCCCGCAAACGUACUCAAGAUGAGCUGGAGCAGCUGGAAGCAGAAAGGAAGAGGCUUGAAGAAGAGCUGCUGUCUGUAAAAAGCACACCCAGUCAAGCACUUGCUGAAAGAUUGAAGCUAGAGGAGAGAAGAAAAGAGUUGGUACAGAAACUUGAAGAAACUACGAAGUUAACUACGUAUUUGCAUUCACAACUUAGGAGCCUCUCAGCAAGUACCUUAUCUGUGUCUUCAGGGAGCAGUCUGGGGUCGCUGGCAUCCAGCCGGGGGUCCCUGAACACCUCAAGCAGAGGGUCCCUGAACUCCCUCAGCUCCACAGAGCUCUACUAUAACCAAGGGGAUCAAAUAACGGAUUUGGACUAUCAGUAUAAACUCGACUUCAUACUGCAAGAAAAAAGUGGUUACAUCCCUUCGGGGCCUAUCACCACUAUCCAUGAGAACGAAGUGGUGGGUUCCCAUGGGAGGCUGGGUUACAGUGACUCUCCUUCAGCUGCAGACCAUCCCAAAUUGACUGAACCUCCCAAAUCCGUGACGUCGCUUUCUUCCAGGUCCUCGCUGUCCUCCUUGUCCCCCCCAGGCUCCCCUUUGGUUUUAGAAACUGCGUUUUCCGUGUCGACUCAAAAUUCCCCUCUGCAUCACCUCACUACGGACUUUGAAGACUGUGGCAUUUCGGGUGAUUUUGCCGGCAUUAGUCUCUGUGAGAACCAAAUAUUGUUGGACUCUGAAGCCAGAGCAGGAUCUCGGAUUCCUCCAGAUGAUAAAGAUCUUAAUGAAGGCAUUGGGCAGCCUCUGCCUUCUCUACAUGAAGGAAGUUCAGGCGUUGACUUACCCCGCAGAACGGCCGCUCACCUGCUGGAGGAGAAAACAGCUUGUGUCUCUGCUGCCGUGUCCGAUGAGUCCGUAGCUGGAGACAGCGGUGUCUAUGAAGCUUCUGUCAAACAACCAAACGAAACGGAGGACACUGUAUAUAGUGAAGACGAUGCAACAACUCUAGAAGCUGCCCAGGUACAAAUAGGACUCAGAUACGACCAGGGCAAUUCCAGUUUUGUGAUAAUCAUUGUACGGCUCCGAAAUCUCCCAGCCUUCUCUGUCCCCCUUGGCUCCAAAGUGUACAUCAGAGUAGCUGUACUUCCCUCCUCCAUGGACACCAGCUGCCUGUUCCGCACAAAAGUCCAUCCUGCCAUGGAAACUGUUCCAUUCCACGAGAUAUUCCGAGUGGCCAUUUCCCAAGGGACGCUGCUGCAGAAGACACUGAGAGUAGACGUGUGCUCUGUGGGCAGGAGCCGUCGGGAGGAAUGCUUGGCUGGGACUCAGAUCAGUCUGGCAGAUUUAUCAGUUUCUGAUGAGGCUGGUGCUCUGUGGUACAACCUGUUGCCUUGCAGGCAGACCCCUGGCAAAAAACCCAAGGAACAAAACGAAGAAUCCAUGUUUCUGUUGAGCAAACAGUCGUCGGAUGCGUUGGACCUGGAUGCUGUGUCAGCUCUGCUGGAGAGGACAUCUGCUGAGCUGGAAGCAGUAGAGCAAGAGCUGGCUGAAGACGACGAUGAGGAAGAGGAGGAGGAACAGGAGCAAAGGGGCUCUGAGGAAGACUGGCUAGAAAUGCUCGCGGAAGCCUCCGAUGAAAUUGCAGAUGAAGAGGAAGAUGGGAUGAAGCUGGUGGCAGAAGGCAGCUGUUCUGACAACGUGGGGUUCCUCGUGGACACAUCAGAAAGGGCUCAGGACAAGGACAGAGAGAGCAGCGAUGAGGCCCAUGAAGGCCAGCGAGCUGCUGUGAUACUGACACUGGUUGAUAAAGAGACUAACACGGAGGAGUCGGUGAAGGAGAAGGCAGCGGUCCGACCCAAGGACAGAGCCAGCUGGAGCUCCAGACAGCGUCCCUUUGUCAGGAACAGCAUGAUCGUGCGCUCCCAGACCUUCUCUCCAGGCGAGCGGAACCAAUACAUCUGCAGGUUGAACCGCAGUGACAGCGACAGCUCCACAUUAGCCAAAAAGUCUCUCUUUGUGAGAAACGCCACAGAGCGGCGGAGCCUGCGAGUGAAACGGCCUGUUUGCCAGCCCAUCAUGCGCAGGGCUACGCAGGAGCGCCCCGUCCGCACCUCCCUGGACUUGGAGCUGGACCUCCAGGCCUCACGCACCAGGCAGAGCCGCCUCAACGACGAGCUGCGGGCCUUGAGGGACCUCAAACAGAAGCUGGAGGAGAUGAAAGGCAGAGGAGAGACAGACCUUCCCCUCUGCGUGCUGGAGGACGAGCGGUUCCAGAAACUCCUGAAACAAGCUGAAAAACAGGCUGAACAGUCGAAAGAAGAACAGAAACAAGGUUUAAGCGCCGAGAAGCUGAUGAGGAAAGCUUCCAAGGACGUGUGCCGGUUACGGGAGCAGAGCCAGAAAGUGCCACUGCAGGUGCAGUCGUUCAGGGAGAAGAUGGCCUAUUUCACACGGGCAAAGAUCAGCAUUCCAGCCCUCCCCGCUGAUGACGUAUAAUUCUGCAUUCUCUAUUUUUUUUUCCACUUGCUCAUCUCUUUGCAGCUGAACUUUGUCGUUCCAGUGACCCACUUUCAAAGAGCUCCUACGUUACAUUCGCUCUCCGUGUGUUUAUUUGUAAGAUACAGUGAAUUGAAUUGUUGUACGCUUGAAAAAAAGAAGAAAAGGCAAAAAAAAACCCAAACCCCAACCACUGGAAAAACCAAAGUAGAUGAAUUUUGGGAUCCUGCUUUUUGUACAGUUUGUAUGUAUUGCGUGUGUUUUUAUUGUGUAAAGAUGGAACAAAGGAACCAAGGCAGUACUGAGCACCUGUCCUGUUGAACCGCACUGCGCUGAGAAACAAUUACGUUCAACAGAACCUUUAUCUUCUCCCUGUUUUCCUGUGAGCAGACUGUGAAGGUGGCUCUUUGGGCCAUGCAAUAUUUUUCUACAAGAGUGGGACUUUUCUAGUUUAAAGUUAACCACAUGCGGAAGCUCCUUUCCAAAACAUCCAGGCUGCCUCACGCCAGCUGCUAAUUAGAUUCAGCACCCAUGCUGGAAUUUUGUUUCUGAAAACAAAUUUCUUCUGGUUUUGUUUUUUGUUUUUUUUUUUGUUUUUUAAAAUACUUUGUAGGAAGAGAGUUGGGAGUUUAGAUUUGUUGAAUGUACAGUUCUUUAACCUGCACUAAAAGGUUUCUUGCGUCUGCGGGAGGGUGAGAAAGGCAAGGCAGGCAAGUAACCCUAAAAAAAAAACUUACUAUGAGACUACCAAAAGGGGCAGCUGCUUUCUGAACUGGAAGCUGAAUUAAACUCGUAAUAUCAGCAUUGACAUCAGCAUAGUUAUAGCCACUGAAUGCUUAAAAAGGAGAGUUUCUCUGUGUUAAGCUUUUGUCCUAGAGGCUGUCUCGCUGCCAGCUAGGAAUAGGUAAAAGUAUUCCUUAGGAUUCCAAAUAUGAAGAUGUUUUCAUUGAAGUGUUUGCACCAGGAGAAACAUCUAUCCCGUACCAACUGAAAGACCAGCAACCUUAUUGGUAAGAUAAGCUCUGUCUGGAAAGGAAAAGUUCAUGAUUAGAAAUCUUCACAUAUCUCAGUACAAUAAAUAGCAUUUUUAAAAAUAUACCCCCUUGACCCCGUGUGCAGCUGAGGGUGCAGAGGUUUAACAGAUAGACAUGAAGAGGAUGGUUCUGUCUGAUGUGCAGGAUCCUGCUGGGAGGAGGCAGCACCUUGGAUUCCUUCUGGAAGAAGCCUGGAACAGCAGCUGUUGGGGUUUCUGGUGUUAGGUGCUGUGUAAGGAGGUGGACACUGCAGCUGACAGAAUUACUCCAUUUUCUACUUCAGAUGUUGCACUCGGGUGUAUUUAAUUCACCGAUUUAGCAUUUUCUUCCCCAAACAAGUAGCCACCUACGCACGGACUUCAUUUUUCAAAGAAAAGGCUAUAAUUCCUUGGUGAGAAGACAGAAGCAAAUCCAAGCAGAGUGUGGUGGCAGCUGUCCCCAGUUCAGAGUGACAGCUGUGUGAGGAGAGGGCUGUGUCACCCCCCAGGGGUUUCUGAAGCACAAAUACAUCAGGGGGUCUCGGAAACGUCCGGCCAAACGCGCUGUUUGGGGCAAGGGGACUGAGGGAACAGCCUCUGCCGACGCCCCCUUCGGUUGGUGUUUCUUGGGUUUGAGAUCGCCUCCGGGUUUGAAAGGUCAAUUUAAAAAAAAAAAAAUUAAAAAAAAAGAAGAAACAAAUCUGGAAUUAUUUAAUGUAGAGGUGAAAUGAAGGUUGACAGUUUCAACUUCUCAAUUUGAUUAUCUAAGUUGUUUGUAGAAUGACGUUUAGAGGUGUACUUUAUGAUUAUUUUUUUUCUUUUAUUUAUUUACAGUCUUAUUUAUGUUCUGUCUAAUAUAGUUCAGUUCUGGCCAUAAAAUAUUUGAUGUUAAGGAUGCUAUUGUGAAAAAUAUUUCCAGCUGUCUUAAGUUCUUGCCAGAUGAGCUGUUUCUCCUCGCGUGUUGAAAUAAUUGUCAAAACAAGUGUUAUCAUUGGAUUUGUAAGCAUGAGGUAAGGUCAAAAUUAAAGUAUUGCUGCAAAUCUCAUUUAAAAACGAGAGGCUUCCCCAAUUUGGAAAACGAGGAGCAUGAAUAUGUUUAAGUUAAAUGUAUUUAUAGGCAGCUUUUAGCAACUAUGUAUUUGGAGUUUUGGGGUUGUUUUUUUUAAACUAAUUCAGAUUAUUCACACUUGAAACCCUCAAUAGAAUAAGCUAAAAUAAUACAUACAAAUAACCUCCCCCCCAUCAGUUUGAAAUUAUAAAUAUUACUCUUGAAGUGGAAUUUAUUCUGCACAGCAGGGGAUAACGAAUGUAAUUAGUUGUAUUUCCAGGUACCAAUGUCACUGCAGCUCCAUAUAUCAAAAUCUAAAUAUUACUGGUACAAGAAUAUUUAGCCAAAUGAGCAAAGUUUAGCAGAAAUUGUAAUAGAACACAAAUAAUUUUAAGACUUUUUUUUUUUUUACUAUUGCUAUGUUUAUACUGUAUUAAAUAUCAAAUGCUCAGGACUGAACUAAAUAUUUAAUCAGGUUAUAUUCUGAAUGUGUUUCUGUUCUAAUUUUGUCUGUAAGAGUAUGCAAAUACAUCCCAUAGAUUAACUUGUCUCUGCACUUUCCAUGUGUUUCAGUGAUUGGAAAAUACAUUAUUUUUUUUUUUAACAAA